ACCAACCAAACAACCCUCUCUCUAGAAGAUCCCCCCACCCUCUCUCCAGAAAUCUCACCUUCUCUCUCUCCAUAUUGCUGAACCGUAAGAAUAGAUUUCCAAAAUACAAACCUCAAGUUUUGUCGAUCAAGUUCAGGGAGUAAGGCAGAAAAUCUGAUCUGGUAAACAAGGAGGAAGAGCUGUCGAAUUGGAAAAGAGAUUCUGCAUGAGCUGGUUGGGAAAACUGGGUUAUUAUCUCGUGUCGUCGAACUCAAACCAUUUCAUAACGUGUCUUUUGAGAUUUAUUCUUCAUUACUCUCCUCAAUUACCUCCUUCCCUUUUUAAUUUCCAAAAUAAAUCAAUUGAACCUUUAUUAUUACUCCUUAUUAGCAGUAAUCGUAAUUUCUUCCUUUUAAAUCCCACUAAUCGUAACUUUAACCCCAUUCCACCAUCAUCUUUCAACGAUCAUGGAUUCUGGAUUCAAGAGUAAUCGCCCUCAGUUACGUAGAGGUUUAUGUUACUCAAACGAGGGGAGGGGGCAAGCAAGAUCUCCGUCAGUGAUAGUGAUAGGCGGUGGAAUUGCCGGAGUGGCAGCCGCACGUGCCUUGCAUGACGCUUCAUUCCAGGUUGUCUUGUUAGAAUCAAGAGACAGGCUUGGUGGUCGAGUUCAUACCGAUUUCUCUUUUGGUUUUCCUGUCGACCUCGGUGCAUCUUGGUUGCAUGGGGUGUGCAAAGAGAAUCCGUUGGCACCGUUGAUUGGGAGGUUAGGACUACCCCUGUAUCGUACCAGUGGUGAUAACUCUGUCUUGUAUGACCAUGAUCUUGAAAGCUAUGCACUGUUUGAUAUGGAUGGGAACCAAGUUCCACAAGAAUUGGUCACCAAAGUUGGCGAAGCAUUUGAGAAUAUCUUAAAGGAGGCAUGCAUUUCUUCUUUUCUUUUCUCACCUCGUCUUUCUACACUUCCUAAUAUUAUAACAUUAUUGGACCAUAAAGUAAGACUUGAAAACAAUGAAGACAUGUCUAUACUCCGUGCUUUCUCAAUUGUUUUUGAAAGAAGACCAGAUUUAAGGUUGGAGGGGCUUGCCCUUAAGGUGCUUCAGUGGUAUUUAUGCAGAAUGGAAGGAUGGUUUGCUGCUGAUUCUGAGACAAUAUCACUUAAAUGCUGGGAUCAGGAAGAACUGCUCCCUGGAGGUCAUGGGCUUAUGGUGAGGGGCUACCUUCCUGUUAUAAACACUCUUGCCAAAGGUCUUGACAUUCGCUUGAGCCACAGGGUGAAAAAAAUAGUAAGGCGUUAUAAUGGAGUGAAGGUAACAGUGGAAGAUGGGAGCACAUUUAUGGCCGAUGCUGCUGUUGUUGCUGUUCCUCUUGGUGUGCUGAAAUCCAAGACCAUAACUUUUGAACCUGAACUUCCGGAUUGGAAGGAAAAAGCCAUCAAGGACCUUGGAGUUGGGAUUGAGAAUAAGAUUGUGUUGAACUUUGACCAUGUGUUCUGGCCAAAUGUAGAGUUCUUGGGUGUGGUUGCAGAGACAUCUUAUGGCUGCAGCUACUUCCUGAAUCUUCACAAGGCAACUGGUCACCCUGUCCUUAUUUAUAUGCCUGCAGGGAAGCUGGCCAGGGACAUUGAGAAAAUGUCUGAUGAAGCUGCUGCUAAUUUUGCUUUUACACAACUCAAGAAGAUCCUUCCUGAUGCAUCUGCACCGAUUAAGUAUCUUGUUUCUCGGUGGGGCUCAGAUAUCAACUCACUUGGUUCCUAUAGCUAUGAUACAGUAGGCAAAUCCCAUGAUCUGUAUGAGAGGCUAAGGAUCCCAAUAGAUAACCUAUUCUUUGCAGGAGAGGCUACAAGCAUUAGCUACCCAGGGUCAGUGCAUGGCGCGUUCUCGACUGGAUUGAUGGCCGCAGAAGCUUGCAGGAUGCGUGUUCUGGAGCGUUAUGGAGAGUUGGACAUAUUUCAGCCAGUCAUGGGCGAGGAGGCAACGGUGUCUGUCCCGCUCUUGAUCUCCCGAAUGUAAAUUUCUGGGUGACCUGCUUUAUUAGAUGCGAUAAUUCUUGUGUGUAAACAUGGCAACUGGCUAACACAUGACCUUUUGGAUUGGAGAUUGUCGUCAAAAAUCAAUCCGUCAUCGUUGAUGGCUGUGUUGUCCCCUUCUAUGUAUACAGGCUGUUAUCUAUGUACAAGCAUAAACAAGAAGAAUCUUGUCCUGUUGUUUAGUGGCACUGGCCUCCAUGGAAGUCUUUGUGUGAGAUGUUAUUCCAAGUGCUUCCCACUCGCUUGGCGGGAAGGGCUCUUAGUUUGCAUAAUUAUUUAAAUAAAAAGGGUCGGUUUUUAUCUCUUUUA